AUGCACUUUGAACCGAUUUUAGAAAUCAAGACUUCGGAACUCUUGGACCACCAAGUCGAACAUCACUUGGAUUUUCAAAUUCCACGUCGGCAGGAUGAAAUCCAAUUAUUGAGUUAUUUUUUUAGGGUGGGUGGGAUUAGUGGUGUUUUAUUAAUUUUAUUGAGUUCUGCCGUUUUUUAUUUUGCACUUGGAUAUUUUGAUCCUAACACAACCCGUUUAGCUAAUGAUGACCAAAAGGAGAAGUGCUUACUUCGUAAAAAUAAAGGUAUUGAUUAUCCGGAUUACUUUGUAUUAGAAUCAGUUAAGGAAAGAUUAGAUGGCUAUGAUAUAUCUAGUAAACCUGGUUUACAGGCUCUUUCCGAUGUAAUGAUAAUGCUCUGUAUCCGUCCUGCUGAAGUUAAAAGUUUAAGAAUUUCAGAUGGGAGGGUAACUGGCUAUGUGAAACAUCGAGAUCAGGUAGAUAUUCCUCAUGCAUUUAAAUCAAUGGAAAAAAAUGAUGAGCGUGCCAGACAGUUACUUAAAUGGAUACAAGAUGCAAUUUCAUCUGGGCAGUUAAAGAUCCGUAUUCCUGUUAAUUACAGACCUCGCGGGGUACCUUACGACCAAGCAAAGCCGUUCAAACUUCAAACUCCGACAAAAACUAAUCAUAUGGCCGCGCAUCCCGGGAAAUCGGCCGAGACAUGGAACGUCAACGGUGGACAGAAUGACACAGAAAUUAGUGCGAUUACCAAAGAAAUUGGAGCGUUAAAGAAAAACGCUUCACGUAAUAAUAUCGAGCUCGGAAGCUUUCAAAGAAGUUUUUGUUUCUCAUAUACAUUUGAAAAAAAGAAAAACCAACAGGAUAUGCUAUCAGGAAAAGCUAUUAGGGGAUGGAAGCAUGGAUGUAAAGUUUGUGAUGAAUGCGAUCAUCACUCACAUUUGUAUUGCAAAAGGUAUAAAAAAGUCGCAGAAGGAAUUUAUAAGCGAUGUGAAUGUCCUCAAGUAAUUUGAUCAAUAAAGCAAUGGUGCAAAUUUAUCAGACAUUUUAUAUUUUUUUCGCAUGGAAUGAGUAACGGGAUUGUGUGAAGCAAAGUGUGU